ACGUAAGUCACGAGUAAACUAUUGACUCGACUCGACCGCUACCGAGCAGCACCGAACCACCAUCCAUCGAUAUUACCCGUAUCGAAAAGCAUCCUUCGUUGCCCUGUUACCGCCAGUAGGGGCCAUCGGAGGUGUUAGCAAGUCCAAUAGCUUAGUAUUAACGGGGUCUUUUCACGCUGGAAGAUAGCUAAGUGUUUCCGCCAUGUCUUCCAAGAAAGAAAAAGGCAACAGUCGGGGUAACCGCAGGGGCAGUAGUCGCGCAGCCAGAGGAAAGCUUAGAAGAUUUCAUGACAUUGAAAAUGUUAUUGUGGAGGAACCCUUUAGCUUGUUCAAACCUGCUGGGGGGAGCAGUGGAGGAGACGCUGAAGAAGACCGCCAAGCUGGAGAUGGCUGCUAUGUCACGACAACUGUACAUAACCGAAGAUACUACGGGCUUCUGAUAGAUCAAGAUGCGCUCAAAAAUGCAUCCAUGCUUUGGUUCGAAGAAGAGGCAGGCUCUUUGGACCUUAACCGUAGGAUGCAGAUGCUGCGCGAACAAAGCGCCAACGACGACGAAGAGGAAAGGGGGGACAAGAAGCGGGCUGCCAUUGAAAGUUCUGAAGGCGCGGAUGCAAAGCGAAUCAAGCUCGACCAGGGCGAGGAUGCUGGAUCUGCACCGGUACCUGACGCUGCACCGGUUCCUGACGCUGUCCCAAGCAACACCGCGGAACCUGUGCUAGGUGAGGGCAACCAGGAAGGCCAGAAGCUAGGUACUCCCGGAGUCCAACGUCAGGUCCAAAAGUUUCGUUACGUGGAAAAGAACUCGAAAGGCCCAGGCUAUCGUAUCCUAUUGGCCACCUAUGCUGACAUUGAAGCAGCUUCUGAAGAUGACUAUGAGAAAGGCAAACUGAUCCAAGCAGCUUGUCAAGAUGGUGGCGGGUUUGUAGGGAAGUACUACUACCAAUACGAGGUGCUGCGCAAUACGUUGCAAACCGCGAUCACAAUUCCAGACGGACAAGAUGACUCCAUGAGAAUCUCAAUGGGUUUCGACUCAUUUAUCAACAGCACUCCCUUACCAAGGUGGUUCCCACUGGCCAACCUUCACAUACAGCAACACAAAGUUCUUAGUAUGCUCAAUAUGAAGAAAGACAGCAACGGAAACGCCGUUUGGGACUCCCAAGCUCGUUCUGCCGCUACGACUGCAUCCUUGCGGGGUACUCACGUGCCCAUGGAGCCACGAAGUCGCUACCGGGUUGGCGUCAUGGGUGGAGGUAUAUCGGGUCUCGCGUGUUGCCUAGAACUGCUGCGUCUAUGUAGCAGUCAGAAAAUCGAUAUCGAAGUGGUUUUGUUGGAAGGGAGACCUCGUCUUGGCGGAAGGCUGCUCACCGAUAGAGAAUCCUUUAAGCAAAGUGACGGGAUAACCCCUUUCCCCGUUGACCUUGGGGCUGGUUGGAUUCAUGGAAUCGAUCACAACCCGCUAGCAUCGCUUGCCCGAGAAGCUGGCAUCUCUUUCGUCACGACUAGCGAAGAAGUCAAAAUGCUUCACGGAGGUCUCCGAGAAGUGGACAAAGAGGUGGAUGACACCAUGGGAACCCUGUUUGACGACCUUCUCGAUGUUGGCGCCGACGAUUGUUGGGGCGACGGAGAAUCCACUAACGGAUCUCGGAACCAGAUGGCAGUGAGAUGGUACUCGGCCAAUCUUACUAACGACUCGAAGCCGCCUGCCACCAAUGGACAAAACUCAGGUUCCCCAUCAAAGAACGGUGGCGAUUUGAAUGCUGGUCUCGGCCUCAGGAAAACGGACGCUCCUCCUCACCGUCAUUCAUCUGAUAUGUCUAUUGAUCAUGCAAUUGGCAAAGCCGUUGCGAAACACAAAAUACGCGAGUUUUCAAAGCUCACAAAGGACAAACACCUAAUGCUACAGUGGAAUAUGAAGAAUGUAGAGUAUGCACUGGGAGCCAAUGUCAGCGAUCUGUCAAUGAAGUUCUGGGACAGCGACGAACGUCACGCAUUCGAGGGUGAUCAUGUGCUGCUUCGAGAGGGUUACUCUACUGUUGUAGACUUCGUGGUGAAGAAGCUGGAAAAGUAUGGCAGCGACAAGUUCAAGCCUAUGCUCAACUUUCCAAUUGGAAAAGUUGAAUAUGCUCGUCGAUCGACAACAGAGAAGUACCAAGACGAGGCUCAGCGCAAGCUGGUGGAACUUUCGGACGCUUGCUGCGUAAUGUCAGAAGAUGGCAGCAAAAGUGUCAAGUGUGAUUUUGUUGUAUGUACCCUUCCGCUUGGAGUUCUGAAACACGCAGUGACUCAACCUCCGAAGCCGGCGGAUGACAAUGCUAGGGUGGCGUUUGAACCUCCACUCCCAGAAUCCAAGCAAGAUGCAAUCAACACCGUUGGCUUUGGACUGCUCGACAAACUGUAUCUACAAUUUCCCACGGCGUUCUGGAGACAGCCCCUUGGCCUCGACAAUGAAAAUUAUCUCUUUGGCAAUUCGUCGGGCAUAAAUCCGUAUUACUACAUGUUCACGGACCUCGGGUUGACUCUGGGCAAUGACAACGACUACCCUCCAAUUUUGAUGACUUUGAUUUCGGGGAAGGAGGCCGUCCAUUGCGAGAUGCUUUCCGAGCAAGAAAUGGUGCGAGAAGCACUAGAAACUCUCGGUGAAAUAUUGAGGCCAAUCAAAGUGCCCUCGCCAAUUGCAGUGAGGAGGACAAAGUGGGGCAUGGACAAGUUUUCACGAGGUUGCUACACAUUCCUGCCUCCUGGUGCCACAGAUCAGGACUUCAACAUGCUUCAAUCGCCGUUGAAUGGGAACGGAGACUCACUUCUCCUAGAAGGAUCAGAAACUAUGCGGAUGUUCUUUGCCGGUGAGCAUACAACGGCUCUUCACCCGUCGAUGGCGCACGGUGCAAUGCUUUCAGGAAUUCGCGCUGCGAAAGAAAUCGUUUCUACACUGAGCUUCAACUUUCGCAACGACAAGGCCUCCGACCGUCUCAUCCCUGUGGCUUUGUUUCGAAGGGACAACCCGAAUACAUCGUUGCAGUGUAGUUUGUGCCACGAGAUGGGAAGUAGAGUGAGGGAGGGCUCGUUGCUCGCAUUCAAGAGAGGCGCAAGGCAAGUUCUGGUGCACAACAACUGCGCCGAGUACAGCCCGGAAGUAGAGGUCUAUGAGGGCCAAUGGCGGCACGUCAUAAAGGCUGUCAACAGAGGCAAGGCAUUGAGCUGUGCCUUGUGCGACCGCAGCGGAGCUACGAUUGGUUGUACGCACCAUAACUGCUUCCGAGUGUAUCACUUCAGCUGUUGCGAGGACGCUGGGUGGCGCUUUGACCGAGAGGGAAAGGUGUACUAUUGUGAUCUCCACAGGAAGACGCCAAAGGGCAACGACGCUGACAGGAUUUCUCUCCAGUUCUACAAAUCGAAGACGCCGAGCGCCGUUAUCCGGUGCUUCCUUUGCGGGGGAAAUAAUCCCAAGGCCGGGAAGUUGCUCGCGUUCCAGCGAAAGAAUCGCAGAGUGCUGGUUCACGAGAAGUGUGCUCGCUUCACAAACAUCGUCGACACCAAAGAGGACACCGAGAGUCGGAUGGGAAUCGAGUUCCUGAACAUUUUUGGGGCAAUCGAAAAGGCGGGCACCUGUGAAAAAUGCAAGCGACAUGGCGCAACUAUUAGCUGCGAGUCAUGCGAUGCGCUUUUCCACUACCCUUGUGCCCUGGAAACUGGUUGGAAGGGCACCAAGAAAGGGUCGAAGUUCUUCUGCGAGUUCCAUCAAAAGAGUCGGCCCAAGAAGGAAGAGAGCAAACGAGGUGGUGUAUUCCAGCAUGCUCUGUUUGCUGGAUCGGCUGUAAGCGGACAAGAAAAGACGCCAGCCCCGUCGAACUCCGAGAUUGUGGCCUCUGCUCCUGACCAGAAGGAUUCCCAGGAAGAAAUGGCUGCCGAUGACAGCAGCGAUUCCGACGACAGCGAUUGCAAGGUGCUUGAAAACGUGAACGUGAAGCUCAUGCCCGUCAGCGAACUUCCUGAUGAUCUGGGAGACUCCAAGAAAGUGUGGUUGACAAGGACGACCACAGAUCAUACCUGGAAUUUUGGUCUGGUCGCCAAGAAGCUUGGUGGACCUGAUAAGGCUUACGCAUUGUCGGUAGGAGGCAAAGCUGGCCGACCAAAGGGUGGUCUGCGUGAGGGUCAGAUAGUCUUGUCGGUGAAUGGUGAUGAGAUUGGAAGCUCCUCCUUUAGCACUUUCAAGGAUGUCCUGUCUUAUCUUGGGAAGCAAACUGACAUUGCUUUGGUUGUCAAGCAAGGAUCGACGAUGGCCGAUAUUGCCGUGUCUGCUCCUGCGAUGGCAUCGACGAAGGCCACCGAGGCCGAAUCCGAGGCUCAGGCCGAUGAUUUCUCUUCGCCACUUCCCGAUGCCGUGGGCUCUCAGAAUGUCACGUUGCAACCAAACACUGGGGGCCUCCUGAUCGAUUUGGAGAACGACGAUUCGGAAGCCGCAAAGUUGCUUGAUAUGGAAACGACUGACAUCGGAGGGGGGCUAGGCGAAGCAGCAGCGGCAGCACUCCAGCAACAAAACGACAACUCGCCAGGUUUCGAUGAAGGCAAUAUGGGACUGUCAAACGAAGACACCACAGGUAGAACGGAAUCGGAACAGCCCGCUCCCGAGGCUUUGGAGGCAGAGUUGGAAGGAGUUGUCGAUGAAAUCGUCGACGAGACCACCUCCGAAGCCAUCCAGAUGGAAUCAGGAGGCCUGCAGAAUGGUGGCGAUUCUCAAGCAUCGCACCUUUUUUAGAUGGAAAAGGAGGUGCUUGGAGAACUCCGAGGACACCGCCGCGUACCGCACUCCAAAUCAUGAUGGGGCCGAUUGUGGCUAGAAGGUUUGACGUCGGACGUAGCACAGUCACGGUACAAGUAUAGUCUAGAGUGGUUGUCAGUAAACGUCGAGUAAUGGGUGUUUCGCUUGAGCAUUCUAAAUAGCUACGUUAUAGCUAGCUAGUUGCUAUGGUCGAGGAUAGGUGUCCGAG